GGUUUCCUCGCUUCGCCUCUCCCUUCGUCUUUGUCCUCGAUCAUCUUCUUCGGGUGGAGAGGGGGAGAUCGAUUUCGCUUUGAUCCCCGUCUCAAUCUCCUUCCCAAACCCUUCGGCUUCGAUCUAGUUGAGAGGAUUGUGUUGGGAGACGAGAAAGCUCGAUUCCACCACAAACAGGGAUUUGAUGCACACAUUUGGAACCCAUUGAAUUCAAAUGGUCAAGCCAAUAGCAAUUGGAAUGGGAGAGAAAGAUGUUAAUCGGAUCUCAAAUGUGACUGAUUUUUUAUCCGCUGUGCCCUAUGAUAAGUGGGUUUUAGUUAAUCCUGAUGAUUGGCGCCCGUCAGCUCGCUAUAAGCAUGCUGCAGAAGUGGUGCAGGACAAGCUCUAUGUGAUUGGGGGAAGUCGAAAUGGCCGUUAUCUGUCGGAUGUUCAGGUUUUUGAUUUUAGGACUUUGAAAUGGUCCACUGUAAGCGCAAAUAUGGAUCCAAAACGUUCAAAAUCAGACACUGUUAUCUCGGAUCAAGUUUUCCCAGCAUCAGCAGGCCAUAGCGUGGUUAAGUGGGAAAAUAAAUUGGUAGUUGUUGCUGGUCAUUGCAAGGAAUCAUCCGAUACUGUAAAAGUUUGGUUGAUUGAUCUAGAAACUCACAGCUGGUCUGCUCCAGCUACCAAUGGAGAAGCUCCGAUAGCUAGAGGAGGGCAAUCUAUAUCUCUAGUUGGUUCUCUGUUGUUUAUGUUUGGCGGAGAAGAUAAUAGGAGGCGGCUGUUGAAUGACCUUUAUAUUCUUGACUUGAAUACUAUGACAUGGGAAGCAGUAAGAACCAAGAAAGCAGCUCCAGCACCUAGGUACGAUCACACAGCUGUAGUUUAUGCGGACCAGUACCUUUUGAUUUUUGGUGGGUCUUCUUAUUCUCCUUGUUUCAAUGAUCUACAUCUACUUGACUUGCAAACUAUGGAGUGGUCUCAACCGGAAACUCAGGGUACAUAUGUAACUCCUAGGGGUGGUCAUGCUAGCACCCUUAUUGAAGAGAACUGGUACAUAGUUGGUGGUGGAGAUAAUAAAAGUGGUGCUACUGAGACAAUUGUCUUGAACACAUCCAAGUUUGUCUGGUCGGUUGCUGCUAGUGUAACCGUACGAGAUCCACUUGCUAGUGAGGGUCUUACUCUUUCCGCGAUGACAGUGGAUGGUGAAAAUUUUAUCAUUGCCUUUGGUGGUUACAACGGCAAGUAUAACAAUGAGAUUUAUAUAAUGAAACCCAAGCCAAGGGAUACAUUACGACCUCGACUUCUCCAGUCACCAGCUGCAGCUGCAGCCGCAGCUUCCGUAACUGCUGCUUAUGCUGUAAUAAGUGCGAAUGAUGAAAAAAGCAUUGAUAUCAAUACAGUAGAUGAUUCAGAUAUCAAAGGAGUACAACCUAAUGGUGCCCAGGAGUUUGCUAUUAAAGUGGAUGAACUUACCACUGAAAAAAAUAAUUUGGAGUCCAGACUAACAGAAGUAAGAGAAGAGAACUCGAGACUUAAGACCAACCUUGAUGCAGUGAACAAUUCUUAUAGCGAAUUAGGAAAGGAACUUCAAUCAGUGCAAGGUCAACUGGAAGCCGAAAGCGCAAGAUGUCUCAAACUGGAGGCCCAAAUUGCCUUUGCGCAGAAAAGAUUGGAGUCUUUUAGUUCCCUAGAGCAUGAGCUCGAAACCCUAAGGCGUCAAAAAUCUCAAAUUGAGCGAACUGUGGCUCCUGCUCAGAAGCAGAGGUCAGGUGGCAUGUGGCAGUGGGUGAGCGGAAGCGCAGAGAAUCCUGAAUAAUAAACAGUAAGGCGCAUAAAGCGAUGAACAUACGGGAAUGAUCUGAAUAUUUUGAUCCACCAAGUUGUUUCUUACGAUCUUGCGCCAGUCCGAUCUUCUUACAAUUAGCCGCCUGAUUCAACUUCCAUAAGAUGGUGCAGGGUAAGACAAUGUAAUUAUUUUCCCCCUAAUUUAUUUGGUGAAGAGUGUGUGUGUGUGUGUGUGUGGGAGGACAAUAUACUGUUAUUCAAUUUACUCUGUCAUGUAAUACAAACUUUUGCUCGAUCUUAUUCUUGAAUUGUUAGUGAGAUUUUGAUACCGAAAA